GUGGUUCCUCGGGUGCUCAGCUGAAAAGCAUUACUUGCUGCUUUCUCUUUCACCAGGAAAAUCUGCUGAUUGACGAGGAACAUAACUUGAAGCUGAUAGACUUUGGGCUCUGUGCAAAGCCAAAGGGAGGCCUUGAUUAUCAUCUGAACACCUGCUGUGGAAGCCCAGCUUACGCAGCACCGGAGCUAAUUCAGGGCAAAGCAUAUAUUGGAUCAGAGGCAGAUAUUUGGAGCAUGGGUGUACUGCUGUAUGCUCUGCUGUGUGGCUUUCUCCCUUUUGAUGAUGACAACGUCAUGGCAGUCUACAGGAGGAUAAUGAGAGGAAAAUAUACCAUUCCGAAGUGGCUCUCCCCUAGCAGUACGCUGCUGCUUAACCAAAUGCUACAGGUGGACCCAAAGAAGCGGAUCACAGUUAAGCAUCUGUUAAGUCACCCAUGGCUCAUGGAAGGUUAUUCGGAUGCCGUCCACUGGCAAAGUAAAUACCCACAGGGACACCUUGACGAAGACUGCGUGACUGAGCUUUCCGUGUUUCACAACCAGAGCAGGGAGAGCAUAUCGGAAUUAAUAUCACAGUGGAAUUACGACCAAUUGUCAGCAACAUAUCUCUUGCUUCAAUCCAAGAAAGCUCGCGGCAAGCGCGUUCGCUUACGGGUUCCGUUGCUAGCAGAGCAUGCCAGCACAGCUCCAACCGCAGGCCCAGAGCCUGAAAAAACUAUGACAUAUGAAGAUGCACCAGACUCCAGUGGAAUGCCAUAUGCAUUUGGAUCCAUGGAAUUUUCUGAUGCAGCUUCACUGUUUGAAGAGUCUACACCGGAAGAGUUUGUUCUAAAUAGUCACAGAACAAAGCAGCAUUCAAGGCAUGAUGCUCAACCGAAUAAUACGGAAUUCACACUGUCAACUCCAGUGACAAGAAGAGUGGCAUCAAAGAAGCAUGCAAACAAAGAGAAUGUUGAUACAGAGUCAGCGUUAAAAAAUGAAAUGCCCUUUGCGCUUCCUGCUCCAAAGACUCCCUUCCAAAAGAGUCAGAUUGAGAAGCAAGUACAAGGCAUGUCCAUUCAAGGACCUGCCUUCAAAGAGAGCCAGUUCACAACAGUCACCCCAAUUAAGAAACCCAAAAACCCAGCAAAUACAAACGAACUGACAGCAGCUGAGGUUCUUCCUGAAAGAAGCAGGUGUCACUCAGUGGAACUAGAUCUCAACCUAGCUCAUGUGGAUAGCAGCCAAAAGAAGAGAAAGGCCAAGAUAUUUGGAAGCCUUGAAAGAGGCCUAGAUAAAGUGAUCACAAUGCUUACACCAAGCAAAAAGAAACGAUCCACUAGAGACGGGCCACGGAAACUGAAGGCACACUACAAUGUUACCACUACUCAGCUGAUGAAUCCAGACCAACUGUUGAAUGAAAUAAUCUCUGUCCUUUCAAAGAAGCAAGUGGAGUAUGUUAAAAAGGGCUAUACCCUGAAAUGCCAAACACAGUCAGAUUUUGGCAAAGUAACUAUGAAGUUUGAGUUAGAAGUAUGUCAACUCAGCAAACCCAAAGUAGUUGGUAUCAGGAGACAACGGCUUAAAGGUGAUGCUUGGGUCUACAAGAGACUGAUGGAUGACAUUUUAUCUAGCUGCCAAGUGUGACUGGUUGAUGCAUGCGCUGAGAAAGAAGCAGGCUUUACUCAUCAUUCUAAAAAGAUCUGUUUUGAAAAGUAAUUAUUGAUCGGCAUUCACCGUUGUAUUCGAGAAUCUGUCAUCCCUUGUGUUUUUAACCAUCCUCUUUGUAUAUACGCUUCCUUCGUGUUUCCCCUUUAUAUGAAAUUUGUCAACUUUUGCUAAAUGUUCUGCAACUGUAACUCUUCUGAAAUAAAAUUUAAAACUGUC